AUGUUUCGCCUGGCAAGCCGGACAGCAGCCGCGCCCGCCCGGGCGGCAGGCAAGACGCGCAGCUUCGCCACAGUGUCCCCCGUCACGGGCGCAACGAGGAGCCACAAGGUGGUCGUUGUCGGUGGGGGCACCGGCGGCAUCUGCGCCAGCCACCAGCUCCUGCGCUCCGGCAGGUUCGCGCAGGACGACAUCGCCGUCGUGGACCCAGCAUCUCACCACCACUACCAACCUGGCUGGACCCUGGUCGGCGGUGGGCUCAAGACGGCCGAGGAGCUGGAGAAGCCCAUGAAGGAGCUCGUCGACCCCAAGUUCAAAUUCUACAAUAAUGGAGUCAAGUCGCUCAACCCCGAGGAGAACUCGGUCACGCUGGAGAGCGGGGAAAAGGUCUCGUACGAGCACCUGAUCCUCGCCCCCGGAAUCAAGAUUGACUACGCCAGCAUCAAGGGUCUGCCCGAGGCCCUCGCCGACAAGAGCAGUCUUGUUUCGACCAUCUACGGCCGCGACACGGUGCCCAAGGUCUUCAGCACCAUCCAGUCCCUCAAGCAAGGAACCGCAAUCUUCACCCAGCCCGUCGGCGUCGUCAAGUGCGCCGGCGCCCCGCAAAAGAUCAUGUGGAUGGCCCUCGACCACUGGAAGCGCGCCGGCCUGUACGACGCCUCGAACCCCUCGGCCUCCCCCAUCAACAUCAGCUUCGCCACUGGCCUGCCGGUGAUGUUUGGCGUGCCCAAGUACGCCGCGACGCUCGAGCGGCUGCGCAAGGAGCGGGGCGUCGAGGGUCUGUUCCAGCACGACCUGGUCGAGGUCAACUCUGGCAACGUCGCCACCUUUGCCCUGCCCGAGGGCAAGGGCACCGUGACCAAGAAGUUCGACCUCAUGCACGUGGUGCCCAAGAUGGGCCCGCACGCCUUUGUCAAGUCGAGCGCGCUCGUCGACGCGACGGGCUUCAUCGACGUCGACCAGGCCACGACGCGCAGCAAGCGCUUCGGCAACGUCUGGGCCAUUGGCGACGCGACGAACCUGCCCACGGCAAAGACGGCCGCCGCCAUCACGGCGCAGUCACCCGUCCUGGUCGGGAACCUGCUGCGCGUGAUGGACGGCAAGGAUGGCGGCGAGCUCACCUACGAUGGUUACACAUCCUGCCCCCUGAUCACCUCGUAUGACAAGGUGCUCCUGGCCGAGUUCAAGUAUGGCGGCCAGCCCAAGGAGACGUUUGGCAAGUUGGUAGACCAAUCGGAGCCCAACAGGGCCUUCUUCCAUCUCAAGAAGGACUUUUUCCCUUGGGUAUACCAAAACUACAUGGUCAAGGGCAAGUGGGGAGGUCCAAAGGGUUGGAUUUCGAAGCCUUAG